GUUAGCUAUGAUGCGAGCAUGGCACACACCAGUUCGAUUCCAAUGAAAAGCAGUGUCUUCAAGCCCCCUCCUCCUCCUCCUUCCUUGUCGAACAUCGGUCCUGAAUCGAAAGCAGACUCAGACGUAGAUGAUUUGUUCAUUGAGGGGAUUGAGAAUUUGGACAGCAGAACGCAAGAGGCUGAUGUUGAACAGCCGGGUACCAGUUCGUCUACAUUGGACGCAUAUGUUGAUGUCAGCGAGGAGCAGUUCAAUGACAUUCAAAAUUCUACAAUUGACUGGGGUGAUGAUGAGACCUGGGACCGUGACAUGGAGAGAGAGUCCGUUUCAUCCUUGGAGGAAGACAUGACCUGGGACCGUGACAUGGAGAGAGACUCCGUUUCAUCCUUGGAGGAAGACGUGACCUGGGACCCUGAUAUGGAGAGAGACUCUGUGUCAUCCUUGGAGGAAGACAUGACGAAGGAAAUGGACACAGACAGUGAAGAGAGUGAUGCUGAUUAUGUGCCUCGUAUUUGUGUGCGAACAGGAGGUGCUCUGACAACGAACCUACGUUUGGAAACGCUGCCAACAGUCAGCGUCGAAGAAUCUGUUCUUGAUGUGGACUAUAACCGUGAUUCUGCAAGGCCAGACACACCAUUGCCAGAGGCCAUGAAAGUCGUCGUGGAAGAUGAUGUGGUCGGCCAUGCUGCAUCAAUUGUGUACCACGAUUGUCUGAAGCAGCUCGCAGGGUUGGUUGCCUUGCCAAUGACCGAAUGCACAGAAAAAGACCCGGUGACAAAGAAGCCGUGCCCUGCAAAGGCGCCCUUUGAAAUUCACAUUAAAUCCCGGGGCACAGCAGCUGUUGCAGAAUGGGGUCAUUUGGUGUGGCGUUGGAGUUCACAACCCAUGUUCAAAUUUGGGAUGUUGGUCGGGGACUUUAUGCUAGCAACCAAUAUAUUGCUCUCUGGCAACAAUUACGCCAAAAUAUCCCUGCUUUUCAAAUUUAUGAAUAUGGGGAUGGCUGACAGGUCCAACUUCUUCAAAAUACAAGACUCCUUCUGUGUUGAGAGCAUAAAGGAGUUCUGGAAUGACCAGAGGGCCAAAGUGAUUGAUCAGCUUCAGCCACGAGGGCCUGUUGUGGUUCUUGGUGAGUUUUAA